AAGGCGGGUCCUGAGGUUUGCUGGCGCCAGCUCUUACCUGGGCUCAGCACAGUUCGAUCCGGGGAGCCUUAAGUGAGUGCAGCAGGGGCCACGGAACAGGUCCUUGGAGCUCUCUGAGCAGGAUAUAGCUCUGGCGUAGAAGUGAGGCUGAUCAGAAGAAGCCAGAGGUAAACCACUGGACUCACUGACCUGUCAUGUCCAGCUCCCUGCUGGCUGGAGGUCAUGUGGUCAGCUUGACUGCCCAUGAGGAAUCCAGGAUGGCCCUGCACCCAAGCCCCAGGCCUGACUUCCCAGCACUGUGCCCUUACUAUACCACAGAGAGCUGGGGAACCCAGCCUCUGAUGGCCCCCACACCCUGCAGAGGCACCUCCAGCAGGUUCCAGCAAGCCCAGCAAGCAGAGGCCAAAGCUCAGAGCCUACUGCAGCACCCUGGGGAGCAAGUCUCAGGGACUUCACAAGACAUGGACUCCUGCAUUGACUUCUCUCUGGAGACCCUCAACCAGAUGAUCCUGGAACUAGACCCCACCUUCCAGCUGCUUCCCUCUGGGACUGCUGGUCCCCAGGCUGAGCAUGCCAGUGGCAUCACUUCAAGAAGCAAGAAAGAGGAACCUGAAGCCUUAGAUAUAAAGUACAUCGAAGUAACCUCCACCAGAUCAAGGUGCCUCGACGGUCCCCAACGCUGCUCCAGCCCAUGUGUCACUCCACCAUUCGGCUCCCCACGCAGUGGCAGCCUCCUAUUCUCCAGAGACAUGCCCCGAGAGACUCGAAGCAGCAGCGAGAGCCUCAUCUUCUCUGGGAACCAGGGCAGGGGUCCCUCUCCCCACACUCCAUCUUCCCUUAGCAACUCCAGCUCUUGCCGGGAAAGCAGGGCCUCAGGCUCCCCACUGGCAACUCCUCCAGGUUGGGAGAAAGGGCUGAGGGCCCCACAGCGGGGCAGCAGGGUCUCCAUGCUAUCAGCAAGCCCCACAUCAGAUGUCAGCUAUGUGUUUGGAAGCAGUCAGUCUCUCCUGCACUCGAGCGUCUCCAGCUAUCAGUCAUCUUCAAGUCCAGCCAGCUCCUCUUCCAGCCUCCACAGCCUGGACCGAGGGUCCCAGUGUGUGAGACCUACAGAUGCCCAGGCUCCCAGCAACCCCAUGCCAAACAUGGGCCAUCCCCAAGCCACCCACUGUCCUCCAGUAGCCAAGGAGCAGGCCAGUAGCUGUCCCCCAUCUGUCACCAGCUCCAUCGUGGACAUACCCAUUGUAUUAAUCAAUGGGUGCCCUGAACCACAGUCUCCCCCAGCCCAGCGGACACCAGGACACCAGGGCUCUGUCCAGCCUGGGGCUGCAUCUCUCAGCCACCCCUGUCAGGCCAUCAAGAGCCCCAUCCAGACCACCUCUUCAGAGGGUCCUGCCAAGGACACGCAGCCCACCAUGAAGUUCGUGAUGGACACAUCAAAAUAUUGGUUUAAGCCAAGCAUCACUCGAGAGCAAGCAAUCGAUCUGCUGAGGAAGGAGAAGCCAGGCGCGUUUGUCAUCAGAGACAGUUCCUCCUACAGAGGCUCCUUCGGCCUUGCCCUGAAGGUACAGGAGACACCAGCAUCUGCCCCAAAUGGACCAGGUGAGGACAGCACUGACGUUAUUCGGCACUUCCUGGUCGAGUCUUCAGCUAAAGGGGUACAUCUGAAAGGAGCUGAUGAGGAGCCCUACUUUGGGAGCCUCUCUGCCUUCGUGUGCCAGCACUCCAUCAUGGCCCUGGCCCUGCCCUGCAAACUCAUCAUCCCUCAGAAAGAACUGGGAGGCGCAGAACCGGCCUCGGACUCCCCUGCACAUGGCCAGACCUCUUCCCUGAAGAUGUCAGCUGGUUGCCACACGCUGUACCUGAUCUCUGUGAGUGUGGAGACCCUGAGUGGAGCCCUGGCUGUGCAGAAGGCCAUCUCCAUCACCUUGGAGAGGGACGUCCUCCCUACACCUACUAUGGUCCAUUUCAAAGUCACCGAACAGGGCAUCACUCUGACAGAUGUCCAGAGAAAGGUGUUUUUCCGACGCCACUAUCCACUCACCACCCUCCGAUUCUGUGGAAUGGACCCCGAGCAACGGAAGUGGCAAAAAUACUGCAAGGCUUCCAGGAUCUUUGGGUUUGUGGCCAAGAGUCAGACAGAGCCACAAGAGAAUGUGUGCCACCUCUUCGCAGAGUACGAUGCAGACCAGCCGGCUUUCCAGGUCAUCAGCCUGGUGACUGCCCUGCUCCAGGACACAGACAGGGUAUAGAAGGGAGUUGCCCGUGUACCUUCCCUGACAUCUCAAGA